CCGGAAACAGUACUGCGAUUGCUGCAGUCAGCUGACCAGAAAUGAAGUUUGCUGAGAUAAUGGAUUUUUGUUUUCAGUCCCUUGUUGAAAAACACGGCAGCAAAAGUGAGGGAAGUCCAAUUGUAAGCGCCUCGAGAUCUGGACAAUUGGACUGCUCUCAUCCAGCUGCAACACAGAGAGCUGUCCACACUAUGGCGUCACAACAAACAGGGAGUCUUUUCCUCUCUGGACGAGCACAGCUUUCCUUUUGACACCUUUCGUCCCUUUUCUCUCUUCUAUUUGCUUUGAGAAUAUUCUUAAUUGUGUCUGAGAAAAUGGCCGACACCGAGCCUUUGCUGCCCAGUCUCAACUCCUCCUACGCUCCGACUGCCCUGGGCGACCAGCAAGUGUCCGACGAGGAGGACAGCGAGGACCACAGUCCCUUGGUGUCACACCCGCGCAAAGACUCCUCCGUGCCUCUGGCCAUGCGCUACAGUCCAGAUGACUCUUACUGUUUUGUGUACAUCAUCUUCUUUCUGAUGGGCAUCGGCUCCCUGCUGCCCUGGAACUUCUUCGUAACCGCCAAACACUACUGGCUCUACAAACUGAGCAACAGCACUUAUCAAGGCGGCGCCGGAGAGGAGCAACGUUCAGACCUCGGCGAUUACUUUGAAAGCUAUCUGGCCAUUGCCUCCACUGUGCCUUCUGUGCUGUGUCUGAUACUCAACUAUGUUCUAGUUAACAGGUUGUCUUCUAACGUGCGGAUCCUGACGUCUCUCGCUGUGAUCCUGUUUGUGUUCGUGGUGACCACGGUGCUGGUGAAGGUGGACGUGUCCGACCGCAGGACAGAGUUCUUUGUCAGCACGCUGGCCAGCGUGGCUGUGGUCAGCGGAGCCUCUAACCUCUUCUCUGGCAGCGUGUUCGGGAUCAGUGGUCAUUUCCCCAUGCGGAUUUCUCAGGCCCUCAUAUCAGGCCAGGGCAUGGGAGGCACGUUGAGUGCGGUAGCGUCAAUAGUGGACCUGGCGGUGGCGAAAGAUGUGACAAAUAGCGCUCUGGUCUAUUUCCUGACAGCCGACGUCAUCAUCCUGUUUUGCAUCGUUGCAUAUUUGCUGCUGCCAAAGCUGGCAUAUUCAAGAUACUACAUGGAGGCGGCAGCGCGCACCAGUGCAGAGAGGAUGGGCGAUGGAGAAGCCGCGGGCACGGGGAGCGCCGUCUCCAUCCCACCGCUGCGGCCUAUCCUCCGGAAGACGUGGGUGCUCGGCCUGAGCGUCUUCUACGUCUUCUGCGUCUCCAUCAUGGUGUUCCCCGCGGUGUCCUCUGGAAUCCAGUCGGUCAACAAAGACAGCGGCAGCCCCUGGACCACCACUUAUUUUGUGCCCCUCACCAGUUUCCUCGUGUACAAUGUGGCGGACUUCUGUGGCAGGCAGGCCACGUUCUGGUUGCAGGUCCCCGGUCCCACCAGUCGAGUCCUGCCCGCGCUGGUGCUGUGUCGCUCCGUCAUGGUGCCGCUUCUGAUGUUCUGCAACUACCAGCCAAGGGACCACCUCCGCGCUGUGCUUUUCGCCCGGGACGUGUACCCUGUGGUCUUUAACUGCGUGCUGGGCCUCACCAACGGCUACCUAGGCACCCUGCCAAUGAUCUAUGGCCCCAAGGUCGUACCCCGAGAGCUGGCAGAGGCCACAGGUGUGGUCAUGUCCUUCUUCCUUACUUUAGGGCUGGCUGUGGGAUCUUCUUUCUCUGUGCUUAUUGUGCACUACAUCUAACCAAGCUCCUGAGCAAUAACCCAGUCAGUUACUGUGGUGGAGCCUCAGAGCAUUGAUGCCAAAGGACUAGAAGCCUCUUUUUGAUAAAGCCUGACAUGAAUAUGUGUCGUUUACACUGCGGCCCAUGAUGGCAGUCCACCAUAACUUGGUGUUUACAUCCGAGAACAGGAGGACAAUCUUCAGGCAAUACCAACAAUCCAAAGGGAAACCAACACAUUUCAUAUUGCAAUUCUAAAACAAAAUGUAUUCAAGGGGUUAAAAUGUGUGGUUACUUUGGUUCCACUGAUUAGAAUAUGCAGAUGGUAAAGCAUCACGUCUCCUUGAGGGUUACAUUUUGUACGUGCUGGUUUUGGUGAACUGCUGUGUGCCGUUUGUACACCAUGUAACUUAACUUGAGCAGACCUCAUAAACUGAACAUUUCCACUAACUAGUUUUAUUUGUCAUACGUUUUUGUAACAUGCUGCAGUUCUUUAGAUGUGAAGGUAAUUCAUCCAACCUAAUAAAGUAUUUGAUACACUGCA